AUGGGGCUUCUUCAAAACAGCAGCAGUAGCAGCAGCACCGUCAAUGGCGCCGACGAGAGCUCACCUCUGCUUGGCAAUCAAGGCGAAGACAAUGGCAAGGCAACCAGCGCACCAACAUUGCCGUCGUCUGCCGCCCAGCCCGGACGACCAUGGCAGCGCCGCAAGCGCACCAUGUCGCGGGCCUCGAUCGCCAGCAGCCUGGCGGCGCUGCCCAAGGUCCACGACCCGCACAGGAUUGUGGCCAUCAUGUGCGUGCUCAUCUUUUUCGGCUCGUCGUCGGGCGGCUUCACGGGCAUCACCAUGACGCGCAUCCUGGAGGACCGUUUCUGCCGCGAGUACUACUAUGGCGCCACGCAGUCUCUGGGCGGCGGCGGCGGCGGCGGCGACGACGACGCGUCGUUCCAGCCCAUUGACGAGGACUUGUGCAAGGUCGAUGUGAUUCAGUCCCGGCUGGCCUACCUAGUGGCCGUGCACUCGUUUAUUGAAGCUGCCGUUGGCUGUGUGGUGGCCAUGCCAUGGGGUUUUGUCGCUGAUCGAGUCGGUCGACGACCUGUUUGGGCUCUGGCUCUUUUUGGCAUGAUCCUCAUGAGUCUCUGGCAAAUGGCCGUUGUAUAUUUUAGCAGCGCGCUGCCCAUACGCCUGUAUUGGCUCGCACCGCUUGGCUUAAUUGUCGGCGGUGGCAACGCAGUCUUGAACGCCGCCGUCUGCGGAAUGCUGGUCGACGUUUUACCCGAAGCAGAUCGAGCCAUAAGUAUCAUGCGUAUCCACGUCGCUAGCAUGUUUGGCAACCUGGUCUCGCCUGCAUUGGCCUCGAUUCUCAUGCCACACACGGGUCCAUGGCCAUUGGUAUGGUUCUCGCUGGUGCUCAUUUCCAUACCAAUUGUCGGCAUUCUUUUCGUACCCGAGACUCUCUCCACUAAGCCCGACGUGGGCACCGACACUCCAGCAACGGCGGAGACUGAAGAGCAAGACGCAGACGCGACAUUUUCUGCGCGGCUGUCACGGUCUCUAGCCGAGCUCAAGGACUCACUACCCAUGCUGCAAACCCCGUCCGUGGUCUUUCUCCUGCUCACUGCGGCCGUCACCGUCAUGCCCGUCUUCUACUCGACAGCAUCCUUCAUGGCCCAGUUCGUGUCCAAGCGGUACCACAUCCACCUCGCGUACACGGGCUACGUACAGGCAGCGUACGGCGCGGCGCACGUGCUCGUCAUACUCGUCGCCAUCCCGUGGCUAUCCGAGUGGUCGCUGCGGCCAACGGCGCCGCGCUGGCUGCGUAUGGCCGACGAGAGACGGCGCGACCUGGCCUUUAUGCGCUGGUCCUUUGCGCCGCUGAUUGCCGGCCCCGUCAUCAUGGCUUUGUCGACGUCGCUGCCGGCCUUUGUCUGCGGUCUGCUGGUCAUGUCGCUCGGCUCCGGCGCCGGGAGCUACGUCACCAGCGCGCUGACGUUUUACGUGGGCCCCGAGGAGCGCACGCGGGCCUUUAGCUUGAUGGGCGUCAUGCAGAUUGUCGGGAGCCUGUACGCAAUGCCCAUGCUGGCCGGGCUCUUUGCCGCCGGUAUGAAGGCUGGGGGACUUGGGAUUGGAUUGCCCUAUCUAGGCGUCGCUGCACUGUGCAGUCUUGGUGUAGUGUUGCUCGCUUUUGUACGUCUCAGCGAGACAAAAGACCGUGAAGAGGCGGCGGAUGGGCCGCAGUCCGAAGAUGGAACUAUAUAG